AAAGUUUAAUUAUAUUAUCAUAUGCAAUGAUUGAGUCUUCUUGCUUUCUUUCUCUCACAACUUGUUAUUAUAUAGUCUUCGUACUUUCUUCCUAUAAAUAGCAAGCAGAUUUUCUCUAUUCUCAACUCAUAAAGUGAGAUUCAGAUUAGAUUCAAAUUAUUGCAAUGAGCUACGUUAUAGCUAGCAUCCUCUCUCUCGCACUGAUAGCUUACGGUAUCAAUGCAAGAAAAGAUGGAGGGGAAUAUUGGCAAGGUGUUGUGAAGGAUGAGAGAAAUGGGUGUCAUACUGCAUUGGGUAAGUCAUCAAUCUUCGAUGUCAAACCUAAAUAUGAGGAGUCUUUUGCAAAAGACAUUAAGCAAAGGGCUAGCACCAUGGCUCAUAGUGAUGAUCUCAAGUUUAAAGAGCAUAAAGCUUUUGUGAGAGAGUUUGAGGAUAGACCGAGUGUUAACUUUAAGCUCACACAUGAGAAAUCUUAUUCAAAAGAUUUUGAGCCAAGACCUAAUGUCUCAGCGUACACUAAUGAUGUUAAGCGUACAGAUGAGAAAUCAUAUACGAAAGAUUUUGAGCCAAGACCUAAUGUCUCAGCAUACACCGAUGACGUUAAGGUCACAGAUGAGAAAUCUUAUACGAAAGAUUUUGAGCCAAGACCUAAUGUCUCAGCAUACACCGAUGACGUUAAGCUCACAGAUGAGAAAUCUUAUACGAAAGAUUUUGAGCCUAGGCCUAAUGUCUCGGCAUACACUGAUGAUGUCAAUUCAAAGGAUGAGAAAUCUUACACUAAAGAUUUUGAGCCUAGGCCUAAUGUCUCGGCAUACACUGAUGAUGUCAAUUCCAAGGAUUCGAUCUACACGAUUGGAGCCAAGGCAGAAAAGUGAAAAGUGAAUUAGUAUGAAGUUUAUAAUGUUGUCGUCUGUGGUCUCAUGUCACCUAUCACUAUUUCUAAUGUAUGAAGUGCAUAAGUUGUUGCUUUUCUAAUAAAUGUAAGCCGUGUAUGAGAUCAAUUAUGUAUUUCAAUGAAAAGCCUUCGGGUAUGUUCGUUUUUAUA